AUGACCAAAGAGGAAAACACAAUCUCCGAAGACCGAAACGCUCUUCCCGAAGAAGAUUUGACGACCGAUGAUGCAGAAUCGAGUGGUGGUGCAAUCCCCGAUGAACAAAACGACGCCGUACCCGAAGAUAUAAACAAUUUGACCGACGAAGAAAUUGAAGCUAGGAUCAAAAAUAUCGAAAAUCUUAUAGAUUUUCUAAAUAGUGUGGUUGCCAGAUUAGAUGUAUUAAUUGAACAAGAGGAUAAAGGAUUAAUUUUGGCUGCCAUGAUGUUAUACCCCCUGUUGUGUCUCCUGUCUGCCCUCUCCUGUGCCGUGGAGGGUGCCGAAGUGCCUGUUGUCCCCUUCCCCCCCACCAUGAUCAAGCAGCCCCCCCACGAACAGCUCUAUCAGGUGGCACAGACCCAAGACGAGAAGGACAACCCCUUCAUGCUGGAAUGCGAAGCACAGGGGAACCCAGAACCAGAGUACCGCUGGAUGAAGAAUGGCCUGGACUUUGAGUACGUGGCCUAUGACAAGCGCAUCAGCCAGCAGCCCAGGAGGGGAACCCUGGUCUUCUCCAGGCCGGAGGACAUAGACGAGGGACUGUACCAGUGCUUCGCCCAGAACAGGUUCGGGACUUCGGUCUCCAACUCGGUGUUCCUCAGGAAGUCGGAGUUGAGCUCUUUCUUGGAUGUGGAGGCCAAAGAGAAAGUGGUGAGCGAGGGGGACCCCCUCUCCCUCAACUGCAACCCCCCCACGGGAUACCCCAGGCCGACCAUCUUCUGGAUGAUACAGUCCUACACAGGAUCCCUGCGCACCAUCAACAGCUCUCGUAUCACCGUGGACCCCGAAGGUGACCUCCACUUCUCCAAUGUGACUGUGGAGGACGACCUUGACGAGGCCAUGUACGCCUGCAGCGCCACCUCCAAGUCACGCAACGAGUACAAGUUCGGGAACAAGAUCAUCCUCAAGGUCGACCACUCGGGAGGUUCUGGCCAAUCGAGUCAUCAGCCUGUGAAGCAGUACAUCUCUCCCCCUAACAUCGUGGCAUUGAGGGGCCAUCAGCUGGAAUUGAGCUGCAUUAUCGGUGGAACGCCCCUGCCCGAGGUCAAGUGGAGCCGCCGCGGUGCGGAGAUGUACUCUAGUCGCUACACCUACACCAACUACGGCAAGACGCUGAGGAUCCGACAGGUGGACUUUGACGACGCCGGGACCUAUGAGUGUGUCGGGAGCAACGGUGUGGGGAUACCCAUUACCCACGCCAUGACCAUAGACGUCCACUCCAUCCCCUACUGGAUCGAGUCUCCCAACAACACCAAUGCUGCAGAAGACGAAUCGGUGAGAUUCACCUGCGAUGCCAGGGCUUUCCCAGAGCCCAAGCUGCAGUGGCUGGUCAACGGAGAGCCCCUAGAGAAGGCCAGGCCAAACCCCAGGAGGAAGAUCGAAGGCAACACCAUGUUCAUCGAGAGACUGGAGAAAUCGGAUACUGCCGUCUACCAGUGCAAUGCAUCUAACGUGCACGGAUAUGCAUUCAAGGACUUCUACCUCAAUGUACUAGCGUUGCCCCCCACCAUCACCGAGGGGCCCGAGCCCCUGACGAAGGCGGUGAUCACAUCCACAGUUCUGCUGCUGUGCAGGGUCUUCGGGGCCCCCAAGCCGGAGGUCAGGUGGUCCAAGGAGGGGAAGGUCCUGAGUGGAGGGAGGUACCAGGUGAUGGACAAUGGAGACCUCCAGAUCAAGGAUGCCCUGGUCACCGACGAAGGUCUCUACAAGUGUUCUGCGAGCAACAAGCUCGGUUACGACGAAGCGGAAGGGAAACUUGAAGUUAAAAGCAAGACACUGAUCACCCAGCCGCCCGAGAACUUCGAGGUGUCUGCGGGCUCGUCGGCCACGUUCCGCUGCAACGCGGAGGCGGACCCCUCCCUGGAGCUGCGCAUCGAUUGGCUGUUCAACGGUCAGGCGGUGGACUUCGACCGGGACCCGCGCAUGGUGCAGGCCUCGGACAACUCGCUCACCAUCACCAAGACGCUGGAGCUGGACUCGGGCAUCUUCACCUGCGUCGCCAGGACGCCGCUGGACAGGGACCAGGCCAGGGCCAUACUCACCGUGCAAGACGUGCCCAACCCCCCUCGCAUCGUGGGCGUCGAGUGCAGCCGCUUCCAGGCCCUGGUCGCCUGGCAGCCCAUGGGGGACCGCAGGGCUCCCAUCCUCAGCUACUCCGUCCAGUACAACACCUCCUUCACGCCGGACACCUGGGAAGACGCCUUCAGCAGCAUCCCCGCACCCGAGACGCGGUACAAGAUCGAGAUGAGCCCCUUCGCCAACUACACGUUCCGGGUGCGUGCCAGGAACAAGAUCGGGCCCAGCGAGCCCAGUGCCCCCUCGGAGCACUGCGCCACCCCGGAGUCGGUGCCGCACAAGAACCCGGACAAGGUCAUGGGCAGGGGCACGCGCCCCGAUAACCUGGUCAUCUCCUGGACGCCGAUGCCGCCCAUCGACCACAACGCGCCCGAGUUCUUCUACAAGGUGUUCUGGAAGCGGGACGACGACCUCCGCUCGAGCUGGCAGAACGAGCAGCUGACGGACUGGCGCAGGGACCGGCUGCAGCUGGACUUCCAGCCGACCUUCAAGCGGUACCGCAUCAAGGUCGAGGCGCACAACCGCCGGGGACAGGCCGACGUGGCCGCCGAGGAGGUCAUCGGAUACUCGGGAGAGGACGUGCCCCGGGAGGCGCCCAUGAACUUCCGCCUGCUGCACGUGAGGGACGGGAAGUCGGCCGUCUUCGUCUGGGACCCCGUCUCUCCGGACUCCCUCUACGGACACUUCAGGGGGUACAAGAUCCAGACGUGGGCGGAGGGCGAGAGCGAGGAGCACCUGCGCGAGGUGGUGGUGCCCAACAACGUGACGGAGGCCCUGGUGCACAUCUUCCGGCCCUACAGCGGCAAUGUGGUGCGCGUCUGCGCCUUCAACGACGUCUACGACGGACCCCCCUCCGACGCCAUCGACUUCAGGACGCCCGAGGGAACCCCAGGCCCAGUGUCAUUCCUGGAGGCCAUCCCGAUGGGUUCCAGCGCCCUCUACCUGGUCUGGAAGAGACCCUCUGAGCCCAACGGAAAUCUGACCGGAUAUCGCAUCUACUUCAGAGAAGUGGACGGGACUUCCCUAGGGACUGUCCUGGAGCGCCAACCUGCCAUAAGGGACCCCAGGGAGACCAGGGCCAAGCUGGCGGGACUGAGGCCGGACACCAAGUACCGAGUGAGCAUCCGGGCAACCACCAAGGUCGGACAAGGUGACCCCUACUACGUGGAGGUCAGGACCAACGAGCAGUCUGCCAACGUACCUGACAUUCCGACCUUCAAGGUGAGCCACCUCCCUGGGGAGCAUGGUCAGGCAGGAGUCCUGGUCACCUGGAUGCCAGCAGUGGAAGGACACCCAGGCAGCUACUUCUAUGCACAGUUCAGGAGGAGAGGCGAGGGCCACUGGGACCGCACCGCCCUGGAGGAGAAUGAGGACUCGGUGGCGGUGAGGGGCCUGGAGCUGGGGACCGUCUAUGAGAUGCGGGUGGUGGCGGUGGACGGACACUAUGAGACGCCCAGCAGUAUCCAGGAGAUUGAGACCGGAGGACUAGUGCUCGCGGCGCCCGAGGGCCCGGAGAACAUCGCCACCGCGGCCUGGUUCAUCGGCAUGCUGUGCGCGGUGGCCCUGCUGCUGCUGCUGCUCAUCCUGGUCUGCCUGGUCAAGAGGAACCGGGGCGGCAAGUACUCGGUCCACGAGAAGGAGGCCGCCCAGGGCAGGGACCAGGACUACGCGGACGACGGGGGAUUCCACGAGUACACCAAGCCGGUGGAGACACACGCCGGGGGCGGCAGCCGCCUGAGCCUGACGAGCAGCUACAAGGGCGCCCAGGAGAGCGACACAGACAGCAUGGCCGACUAUGGCGAGGGGGAGGUGGGCGGCAAGUUCGGGGAGGACGGCUCCUUCAUCGGGCAGUACGCCGAGAAGAGGAGGAGGGAGGAGGAGCAGCGAGCCUCCCAGCCCUCGGCCCUCGCCACCUUCGUCUGAGACGGACUCUCGCUCAUCGUCUUCACUUCACCCGAUCACGUGUCUGUUCCCA